CUCCAAGAAGCGUCAUUUCUUUUUUUGCGGUCGCGAAGAGCGCCACCACCGCACGCACCGUCGAAGUUUGUUAAGGGGGGAAACCCGUGGCACGCUCUUGGCGCAUUCGUAAAAGCGCGCGCGUUCCUCGCGCGCCCAACCAGUGUACAGUCGACGUCGACGAAGAACGCAAAUGUGCGUCCUCCUACUAGCGUUGGGCCUUGCGGCCCUUGGUUCGAACCUAAAAUGCGAGGCUCAUUUUCUGGGCUCAGGACGUUUCCAGCAUCGACGAUUUCUCAUCCGGGCAGUGGAGCGAGGUCCGUGCCAGGCCAAGAACCCUCUGGGCCGGGGCUUCCUUGACGGGACGUGCAUGCCGGCGAUCAAGUGCAAGCAGAUACUGCGCGGCAUCGUCCGACUCAACUUCCCAGUCAUCUGUGGCUUCGAACUGCUCAAGCCCAUCGUGUGCUGCCCGCACAUGGGACAUUCCGCGCCCGGAUCAGGAGGAAAAGGACCAGGGGGUUUUAGAAACCCGGUGGACCCAUUUAACCUGUUAAAUGACAUCCUUACAAACAUCCCGGGUCUAGGAUCGGCAGUGGGAGGCCCACAUGCCGGCGCAAUUGGACCGUUUCGCCCCUACGGAGUCACCAUCCCAGGCGUGCAUUCGCUUGAGGACUAUAUGCGCUUCCUAGGAUUCCCACAUCAAGGGCUCAACUUUGGAGCGUUACCAGGCCCUUACGUUCCUACGAUACCCCAUUUACCACACGGUGGCAGCUUCGGAUUUCCAAUCAAUCCCCAAGGCAUUCUGCCAGGACCAGAACCACAUGUUCCGCACCAGCCCUUGCCGCCUCAUGGUGGUGGCGGCUCGGGAUACCCCAUUAGGCCGGACAACUACUUUCCAGACGUGGGACCCCAGCAGCCACACGGGAACUCCCCCGGAACCGGGCCGGUCCCGCCUCAACCGGGAAGCGGCGGUCCAGUUGUUCCUCAUAGACCGGUAGUUCCGUCGAGACCAACGAAUCCGUCAGGACCAGUAGUUCCGUCAAAACCGGUGGUUCCGUCAAAACCGGUGGUUCCGUCAGGACCUGCGGUCCCGCCAACGCCAGUCAACAAGCCAGGCAAGCGGCCAGGACCGGGCGGUGGCAGCAACCCUCCAGUGAAAAAGGCUUCACCCAUGCUGGCUGCCACCGAACGCUGCAAGGCGCCGUCAUCGGAUGGGCAUGGCGGCUGCGUUCCCGAGUCUUCGUGCCCCGAACCCCGUCGCGAGAGGUCGGACUCGUGCGUGCUCGAGGACCACGUGUGCUGCCGCCAGGAGUCGAGACCGCAGCGUUCGGCGGCCGACAAAGACCGCAUGUUGGCCGUACUCCAGGAGAACAGGCUAUUAUGUGGCAGGAAUCCCCCCGGAAAACACGGCAAGAAACGGUUCCCGGUUCAUUACGUGCUCGGAGGAAGGACCGUCCGCAGUCACGGAGAGUACCCGUUCGUGGUGGCUGUGUUCCGCGACAAGAUCAAGGUGGAUAAUUUCUGGUGCGGUGGAGCUCUGAUCACUAAGCAGGUGGUUCUGUCGGCGGCGCAUUGCUUCUAUAACGCGAACGACACGGAGUUCUUCGUGCGCAUGGGCAGCCUGGAUAUAUCCAAAAGUCGCGUACGCGGCGCCAUGACGAUGACGGUGGAGCGCAAAGUCAAGAAGGUCCACAUCCACCCGGCCUACAACGGCAAGCAGCAAAAUAACGACGUGGCGCUGCUGCUUCUGCACAAGGACGCGUGUCAGCGAAGUCCCAGAUGCCGGCCGCCUGCCUGCCCGACGAAGAGGGCGCGCCCGACGCACACCAAGGGCGUCAUACUCGGCUGGGGACACAACGGAUUCGGAGGGAAGCUACAAACGAACCUUCAGGAAGCCGAUGUGCCCAUUGUGAGCAACGAGGAAUGCGACAAGCUUUACAAGACCCUGGGAACUUACAAGACUGUCUUCCAUCACGGCGUCGACCAGGACUUCCUCUGCGCCGGAAACAUCACCGAAGGCGGAGUAGAUGCGUGCCAGCACGACUCCGGCGGGCCACUGGCAGUGCGAGUGAAGAGAGACGGCAAGACUGUGUGGGAGGUGGUGGGCGUCGUGUCCUUCGGCGUCCAGUGCGGCCUGCCAGGAUAUCCUGGAGUGUACACUCGUGUGUCUACCUUCGUGCCCUGGAUCCUCCAGUCUGCUGGGAAAAUCGCAAAGAUUAAAGGAAAGCCUGCCGAGGCCGUACGGCAGCGUCCCAAGCCUUAGCUGAUGCGCGUGUACGCUCAGCUCAUCCAGGUGUACGAUCCGAGCGCAACUUGCCUGGUUCUGUUGGGUCUCGGUGAAGCAGACUUCAGGCACACGAUACGCGGCCGCACAUUCGAAAAUGGAAUAGCUGGUUGUGAUCUCACUUGACUUCCAGCGAAGUGUUCACACAUGCACUUUUUGUACAAUUGUACGGUAUAUUUUAGCACGUUCUCCUGACUGGUUGAGUGAAUUAGCUGUUGAAAGCGCAAGCAUCUGCUACCUCACGGACGUUACGGAAGUUCCUGUAGGAGCUUAGCAACGCCACAAACACACAAGACUGUGCUACUCAGGCCUGUGCUUUUCUUGUUAAUAUUGCUAUAAACGACUGCCACAUCGACAAGCAUAUCAACCUGAAAAGUGCAAUAUAGACCUUAAAACCGUUACAGAAAUGUUCACAACUAGAUACACCUUUUCAAAGCGCGUCAUGACGAGAACAGUUUUUAUUUAUGUCAUUAAGGCGAAACAUGCUUCAUGAAACGUGAAAUGUUACCAUCAUGAAGAAGAAAACAGAAAGGGAAAAGGCAGGGAAAGUAACCAGAAAGAAUUCCGGUUGGAGAUUAGAGAAGGGGAGUAUAAAGAUGAGGAAGAGAGAGAGGAAAGAAGAGAAAUAAAGAAAGGAAGAGAUAGUAAAUUCACUGGAGUGUGUAGAACUCCACUGCAAGUCAGAGGUGUUCAUACAAACCCAUCGUCCUCAAAAUGCGAAAGAGGGUUUUUACUGCCUUGUGGGCAGGCGACGUCACAUAUCACCAAAGAAUAGUGAUGUCAUCAUGACGUCACUGUAUUAAGCCAACACGACAUCGUUGGUUGGUCAGUGAAAAACUUUACGAGAUGCAGAAGCUUAACAAUGCCUCAGAUUCUGGAGGCUGUGCAAAAGCACAUUAGAUACGUAAAAUAUUUGAGGUCUUGGGGGUUAGGAUCGACUAAGCAAAGGAUAUGAAAAAGAACAUGAAGUGGGGGAUGGUGGCUUUUGCCUUCGAGUCAUUUUAGGCAAAUGCAUGAGAGUUUCUAUUUAUCCACAUUACAGUCUUUGAUUUGAUAGACGACUUCUUUUUGUAUAGCGUAGAGGGUAACCGAAUGCAUAAAUGAAAGUAGGAGAAUGGAGGAAGGAAACCAUUCACCCCAUUGUCUUUUUAUCGUCUUUUUCUUAUGAUAAAGUGCAAGGUGACCUGCUCAUGAAAACACAUUAGCUGUGGUGGCAAGGUACAUAAAUAUAACUUCCCACUAUGCCAGUGCAAAUGCCUUACAGAAACUAGUCACAUGUGCAGAAAUGUUAUUGUGCCAAAUUAAAAGAACUGGGAGAAAACAUUAGUUUUUUGUACCUUUUAUUGUCAGUGUGUUUUGAAGCAGCUGCGUACAUCAAUGCAGAAAAUUCAAUUAUGGUGCAGUAAUGACCCAUAUUUUCAAAGCUGCAUUUGGUGUGCCACAUGUUUCAAGUAUAACAAAUGUGAAACAGUUAUAUUGAAGCACGCUUAUAAAAUAGGGGCAUUAUUGUUGUAGUUUGAUGUAAUAUCAAUAGUUGCCGAUGAAAUGUAAGGCUAGGCAGACUGACAUUAAGCAAAAGAAAAUGAAACCAUAAGAAAUGAAAAUAGUAGCAAAUGAAUAUUUUUCUCAUCACUGCCUGAUCACUAUUACAACAGUAAGCCAUUGUUAUGAGAACAGAAAGCUUAUGUCAGUAACUAAAAAUCUCAUGUCCAAAUUUAAAAUUACACUAGUGGAGCCAAUAUUGAGAAGUGUACCUACAUAUACGUGCCCAGUAAAACAGUUUUGUUUGCUUUCUGUAGGACUACUUGCAAUGAAUAAAAGGAAAAUGAGCUUGAGAGAGUACAAAAAUGAGACAAACUUGCGUAUUUAGGCAAGCUCAGGGAAUUACUGUUUUGAAACAAUAAAACAAAUUUAUGCACAAA